AUGGGCGCAGCAGAGAACGGACAGCCAGGCCCCUUGGCCAAGGUCAGCGAGGUUAUCGCGACGUACCGACCGACGAGGGUGAGAGCCCCCUCAUAUGCACCUCUCCCCAACCUCAACACUGACGCAACCAACAGNCUCUUCAAAGCUCCCAACCUGCACUACACCUCGCUCGACUUCGACUCAACCGGCGAACUGCUCCUCCUCGCCCGCACUGACGAUACCCUCCACAUUUACAACACAAAGGCUGGAGCGCACGCCAAAGAGCUCAAGUCGCAAAAGCACGGCUGUGCCCUUGCGCGCUUCACCCACCACUCGCAAUCCGUCAUCUACGCUUCGACCAAGCUCAAUCACGACAUCAGAUACCUUUCUGCUCAUGACAACUCCUACAUCCGCUACUUCAAGGGCCAUACCGACAAGGUUACCUCCAUCCAGCUCUGCCCGAGCGAUGACACCUUCCUCUCUGCCUCUCUCGACAACACAGUCAAGAUAUGGGACCUACGCUCCUCCUCUCCCCAGGGCAGUCUCAAUCUGCACGGCGCCGUCUUGACUGCUUAUGAUCCUUCGGCCACCGUCAUUGCCAUCGCCUCUCCCGCUACCCAGACCAUUGUCCUCUACGACGUUCGCAAUUACGACAAGCCUCCUUUUGCAACCUUUGACAUGCAGGAUAUCGAGCGCCGCUUCAGCCAAUAUGGCCAAGCUCAAGCCCAAGGCUGGACAACUCUGGAGUUCAGCAACAAUGGCCAAUACAUCCUGGUGGGAACCAACGGCCCAGGUCAUUAUGUCCUUGACGCCUUCGAGGGUGUUCUGAAAGCCUAUCUGUAUCGCGCCCAGGGUCCUCCACCUUUCCCAUCUCAGCUCGGCCAAAGCGACAGCCCCUUGCGCCAUACUCAAUCCUCGCUCCAAGGAGACGCCUGCUUUACCUCUGAUGGCCGCUAUGUCGUCUCGGCCUCGUCCAAGGGUGGCAUGUUGGUGUGGGACCUGCUUGCUGACAAGCGCUCUGACGGUACCAUGAAUCCCAUGACCGAUUUGCCAGGGCCAAGAACUUCCACAGUUGUUGGUGUAAACCCCAGAUACAACAACCUCGCCAGCGCUGGUCAGGAUGUCGUCCUUUGGCUGCCCGACCCUGAAUUGGCUUGA